CAGAUGAGGCGAUAUACGGUGGUCCAGUACAGUUUAGAUGGAUGUAUCCAUUUAAGCGAUUUUUUUUCCAUCUGAAGAAAAAGGCUAAAAACAAAGCAGCAGUGGAAGGAUCUAUCGUCAAACAGUAUUUGUUAGAGGAGAUCUCCUACUUCAGUUCUUUCUAUUUUGAAUCUCAUAUUCAGACGAAGAAAAGGAGGGCUAUCAACGAAGACGAUAGAAGUUAUCUCUACCACUAUGAUUCAUGUUUCGGACUUAUUCCCGAAAGCUUUCAGCCUACUGGACGCCUCGGAGGCAAAUCUGAAGAAUAUUGGUUAACUGUACAAGAGUACAAUCACAUCGCCACAUAUAUACUGUUGAAUUGUGAAGAACUUAAGCCAUACGAAAGACUUUUUGACGAGGAUGUUUUGGCAACAUAUCCUAACCUAAGUGGGGAGGAACUUGAAGGAAUGAAGGAACAACAUUAUGCAUCUUGGCUUCGAGACUACAUUCAGUCAUGCAGUGAUAGAAUUCCGGCAUGGAUCAGAGAUAUAUCACAUGGACCUGGAAGAAAAGUCAUUUGCUAGUCGAUAAUGUUC